AAAAGAAAACUUCCCAGUUGGCAGCAAGCGCGCGGGAAGUUCAGCGCCCGAGUUCCGGGUUUCCCGCCUCCCUGCCGCUGCAGCUCGGGUGAGCCCCCUACCCCAGGCCCCCGCUCGGCCCUUUCUCGGCGGCUGCCUGCUCGCCCUCGUCCGUCCAUCUGUCUGUCCUCCUCCUCCUCCUCCGCCACUCCGGUCCGUGUAUCCUGGGGGCGCCGCGCGGAGGGUCCCCCGGGUUCCUCAGGGCGUCGGCUGUCCGCGUAGCUCCCGGGCCGCGCCUCAGCGGUGGCGCUUGCACGACCUAGUACCGGGAAGGUCGGGCUCCGCCAGGGGCCCAGCGCCGGCCUCCAGGGCUCCGCGCCCCGGGCCGCCGCCACAGCCGCCACUUGUGGAGUUCUUUCCCGGGCAGCUGUAACUUUAAACCAGCCCGAGUGAGACCUAUUUUUAUCCAGAAAGCCGCGCCCGGACAUCUGUGGAGAACGCGCGGAUUGAAGGCCAACCACCAUUUGAAGACUCCUCAGGAUCUGGCGGGGAAGCGACGUCUUUGUCUAAUAUCCUUUCUUUGAGAAUUCAAAGUUCCAUUGCCAACUUCUAGGGAAGACUGGAUUGGUUGUCCUGGGGCUUUUUGAUAAGGGUGUUGCCGGAGCCUGGGAAAGCAGUCCCUGAACCCCAUUGGUAGACAUCAGUGCAGUUAUCCUGAGGUCACCACGCCAACCUUACCUGAGCUGUGGCCUGAUCCAGCUCUUGUAGAAAUUGUUCCAAGAGCUCCUGGGAACAGACUCGAGGUAGUGAGUGAGUGGGCAGGGAGAUGAAUGUAGCAGCCAAGUACCGCAUGGCCUCACUCUAUGUGGGCGACCUGCAUGCAGAUGUCACCGAGGACCUGCUGUUCAGGAAGUUCAGCACUGUGGGGCCUGUGCUGUCCAUCCGCAUCUGCAGGGACCUGGUCACCCACCGCUCUCUGGGCUAUGCCUAUGUGAACUUCCUGCAGCUGGCUGAUGCGCAGAAGGCCCUGGACACGAUGAACUUUGACAUGAUCAAAGGCAAAUCCAUCCGUCUCAUGUGGUCUCAACAUGAUGCCUACUUAAGGAAAUCGGGAAUUGGGAACGUGUUCAUCAAGAAUCUGGACAAAUCCAUAGACAACAAAGCCCUGUAUGAACGUUUUUCAGUUUUUGGGACGAUCCUGUCCUCCAAGGUGAUGAGUGAUGAUAAAGGCUCCAAGGGCUAUGCAUUUGUGCACUUUCAGAGCCAGAGUGCUGCAGACAGGGCCAUUGAGGAGAUGAAUGGGAUGUUGCUCAACGACUGCCGAGUAUUUGUUGGCAGGUUCAAAAGCCGCAAAGAUCGGGAAGCUGAGUUCAGAAACAAAGCCAAUGAAUUCACCAAUGUUUACAUCAAAAACUUUGGAGUUGACAUGGAUGAUGAAAGACUGAAGGACGUUUUCAGUAAAUAUGGUAAAACCCUGAGUGUCAAGGUGAUGACAGAUUCUAGUGGGAAAUCCAAAGGCUUUGGCUUUGUGAGUUUUGAUAGCCAUGAGGCUGCCAAAAAGGCUGUGGAAGAAAUGAAUGGAAAGGACAUAAAUGGGCAGCUGGUUUUUGUGGCCCGGGCACAAAAGAAAGUAGAGCGACAGGCUGAGUUAAAACAUAUGUUUGAGCAGCUGAAACAAGAACGAAUUUUUCAGUGCCAGGGGGCGAAGCUUUACAUUAAGAAUCUUGAUGAUACUAUUGAUGAUGAAAAACUUUUGAAGGAAUUUUCUUCAUUUGGAUCAAUUAGUAGAGUUAAGGUAAUGCAGGAAGAAGGGCGAAGCAAAGGGUUUGGCUUGAUCUGCUUUUCCUCUCAGGAGGAGGCUAUUAUAGCAAUGACUGAGAUGAAUGGCCGCAUCUUGGGCUCCAAGCCACUCAACAUUGCCCUCGCCCAGACAAAGGAGAGAAAAGCUGACCUCACCAGCCAGUGUUUACAGUAGGUGGGGGAAGAACAGUGAUCCUUGCCUGGAUUGUUCUCAAUGAAUUUCAGACCUUGGCUAGUGGCAGCUUAGUUUAGUAACCAUUGUGAUAAAAAGUUUUGUAUUCAAAGUCAUUUUUUUUUUCAUUU